AUGCGGUGCAUCUGGUCCUUACUCGCUGUGGGCCUGCAGACGUCAUUCUUACUAAACACAAUCAAACUCGCGUCCACUUCGCCCAUUCUAAACGACCCUCUUCGCCAGCAACAACCCCUCGUCACUGUCACUCAACCCGAAGAACCUAUCAAACGGAAGCUUCAUGGUCGCUUCCUUCAUAUCACAGAUGUUCACCCAGACCCCUUCUACUCGCGCAACGCCUCGGCUUCCAAAUCUCAUGAAUGUCAUAGCGACCGUGGACGUUCGGGAUACUACGGUGCCGAACGAUCCGAUUGCGAUUCACCGUUUACAUUGGCCAAUGCUACCUUCGAAUGGAUUCGAGAGAAUUUGAAGGAUAAGAUUGAUUUUGUGGUUUGGACCGGGGAUAGUGCUAGGCAUGAUAAUGAUAUUAAUCAUCCUAGAAGCGAAAGUCAGAUCUAUGAUUUGAAUAAUAUGGUGGUUGGAAUGAUGGUGGAUGUUUUUAAGAAGCCAAUUCCUGAUAAUGACGAUAAUCCGAACAAUGACCUGAUCAUUCCAAUAAUACCGACCCUUGGCAACAAUGAUAUCAUGCCGCACAACAUCAUGCUUCCCGGUCCCACCUCUACAACUCGUACCUACCUCGAAAUCUGGCGCCACUUCAUUCCAGAAGCCCAAAAGCACGUCUUCGAACAUGGUGCCUACUUCUGGGUUGAAGUCAUCCCCUCCCGUCUAGCCGUAUUCUCCCUAAACACGAUGUAUUUCUUUGCAUCGAACGCUGCCGUCGACGGAUGUGAUAGUCCCGAGGAACCGGGUUAUCAACAGUUUGUUUGGUUGAAAGUACAAUUGGAGUUGAUGAGGUUGAGGGGGAUGAAGGCGAUUUUGAUCGGACAUGUUCCGCCGGCUAGGACGAAGAAUAAGCAGGCUUGGGAUGAGAGUUGUUGGGCGAAGUAUGUGGUUUGGGGGUGGAACUAUAGGGAUGUUAUCGUCGGUGGGCUUUAUGGGCAUAUGAAUCUGGAUCAUUUCAUGCUAUUGGAUACAAAUGUCGCGAAUAAAAUCAUGGAAACGCCAGAUGCUAAACAGGUUCGAGCUACUCAAGUCGAAACCUGGGAGGAACUGGUUCACGUUGAAGCUGCAGGUCCAUACCUCAGCGAACUCCGUGAAGUUCUUUCGAAGAUCCCAGAACCGCCAGAAGACCCUAAGAAGGACGACAAGAAAUCUAAUGACGUCUCGGAAGAGAGUAAUAAUAAGAAGGGAAAGAAGAAGAAGGGUGAUAAAGACAAGAAGGGUAAAAAGGGAGGUAAGAAGAAGAAGGGCGAUAAGAAGAAAAAGCCCAAGAACCCGAAAAAGCAGCAUAAAAAAUACAUCGAAAAGAUUGGUGGGAAGUACGCAGAGCGAUACGUCCCCGUUUUGGUAUCACCCAGCGUCAUUCCAAAUUACUUCCCUUCGCUUCGGAUUAUCGAAUACAAUAUCACCGGUGUGGUGGAUGAUCAAGGAUACGUCAUCAAUUUACCACCUGUUAAGGAAGAAACUCUUCAUAAGAAGGAUACAGCUGCACCCGUUGAACCACCACAACCACCAGCCGCUCCACCAGUUCCACCUGGAAAGAAGAAGCCGAAGCCGAAGCCAGAUCCGGAUGCACCCACCCCUCCACCGACGGGGAGCGCACCUGGACCAGCCUAUAGCCCGCAAUCUCUUUCUCUAACCGGAAUAACACAAUACUACGCCAACCUAACCCGUUUGAACGGCUGGGUCCCCGAAGAAGAUGACGACGAUGAAGACGAAGAUGGAUUCGACCCACCUUCCGGUCCAAACGGUGAUAAAGACAAAGAUGAUGAGAAACCCAAAAAGCCAAGAAAGCCACGACAAGCACCUUUGCCGUUUGAAUUUGAAAUCGAAUAUAGAACGGCGAAUGACAGCCAGGGGUAUAAAGUUAAGGAUAUGAGCGUACGCAGUCUUGUGAAACUUGCUAAUAGGAUGAGAGAUCUGGAUGUUAAGGCUAAGUGUCUUGAUGUCGAGGGAACUUAUCUUUGUGAUGGCGAGAGAGGGUAUGCGAGUGCUUUUAACGAAACCUAUAUACAUGAAGAGGAGGAGAAGGGGAGUAAAGAUAAGAAGAAGAAGAAAGGAAAGAAGGGGGGUAAAGGAGGGAAGGGGAAGAAAGGGAAGAAGGGGAAGGGGAAGAAGGGGAGAAAACAUAAGGAUCAUGAGAAGAAGCAGCAGAAGAAGAAGGAUAGAUUGUGGCAUUUGUUUGUGAAACGUGCGUUCGUUGGGGCGGUUGGUGGGAGGGAUAUCCAGAAGGUCUUUGAAGGAGAGACGUGGGCUGAUGAGCUGUAG